AUGGCUCGGUUGGAAAAAGAACGGCUCCUCCUGGCUCUCGUAGUCGCUGGGGGCAUCGCCGAGGCCGCAGGCGACGAGCAGUCCCGCCCAUCCAUGGGUCUGCCAGCGGGGUCGGGUUACGACAUGUCCACCUUCAUCCGGCGCUACAGCAGAUACUUGAACGAGAAGGCCCUUUCCUAUAGACUGGUAGCCGUUGACUUCACCAAAAUGAAGAGAGGGUCUGACGGAGUCAUGAGGACCAUGGGGACCGACAAGCUCUUAAAAACCCUCCCGGUUAUUCAGAACCAGCUUGACGUGCUGCUUGAUUUUGACGCACACCCCAACGAACUCACCAAUGGUGUCAUCAGCUCAGCCUUCAUGCACCUCUUUAAGGAUUCCAUCCGGCUCUUCGCGGCCUACAAUGAAGGGAUUAUCAACCUGCUUGAGAAGUACUUUGACAUGAAGAAGAACCAGUGCAAAGAAGGCCUGGAGAGCUACAAGAAGUUUCUGGGAAGAAUGGCCAAAUUGUCAGAGUUCUUGAAAGUUGCCGAGCAAGUGGGGAUCGAUCAGGCCGAUAUUCCAGAUCUCACGCAGGCCCCGAGCAGCCUAUUUGAGGCUCUAGAACAACACGUGGCUUCCUUGGAAGGCCGCAAGACCAAGGAGCUUUUGGCUGCUUAUAG